AAAAAAAAAUCAAGCCUUCAUAUUUGACAUCAAAACCAAAUAAUUAGACUUAAUUUCAUCAAUACGUACAACCAAAUGGAGGGAGAAGAUGGUCUAAGAACACGAAGCUUUAGGAAUGAAGACUACAACACUAGAAGGGUAUUCUUGAGAAGUUAUCCCCUUUUCGAUCACGAUGAUAACAAUAAUGACACACAAGCAUCCGCAACCAUAGACAGUGAUAGAUAUUUCAACAGAGGGAUAUCAGGUGAUUUUGUUAAUGGUGAUGAUCCUAAGAAGGAGAAAAAGAAGAUGAAUAUGAAGAAAAAGAAGGAGGCAGUGAAGAGGAUAGUAGUGACAAUUGUGGAAUGGGGAGGGGGAAGAGUUGUGGUUUUAAGAAGGUUCAAACACAAGGUUUCAUUUUAUGUUGUUGCUUGUUUUCCAAUAGUUUUUAAGUCUCCCAAAGCCUUAAUUUCUGCAUCUUAAACUAAAUUUAAAUUCCCCUUUCUUCCAUA